AUGGCACCGCCGGUCGAGGAUCAGGCUGCUCAGGCGGUAUGGACUGGCGCGACGAAUCUGGCGCUGCUUCCAGUCGUUUACCUGACCUACCGGACAGACAUGCGAUUUGAGAGCAUGAUCUGCUUCUUCACGUUGGUGACCUCGGCAGUCUACCACGUGUGCGAGAGUUUGGACUACAAGUUCUUAGGCGUCAACCACUACAGAUGGCACUUCAUGGACAACAUCUUUGCCAUCACUGGCAUCAUGUUGAACAUCGCCAACUUUGCCCAGGCACCGAGACCAUCAACUCUGCGCGAGUUUCGGAUGGCGCUCACAGUCAGCAUCGUGAUCUGCUUUCAAGCAGCAAGCCCCUGGAGCCUUGCCAACACGAUCGUGCCGCUGGCGCUGAGUUUUCCAAUGCUCCUGAUGGAGCUGGCGUACCUCCGAAGGCUUCCAAGCCUUGACAGGAGGGACGCUCUUAAGGCAUUGCUCUGUGUUCCUGCAGCUGCCCUCUGCUUCUACAAGGGCCUCGAUGAAUCGAAGGACUGGCUCCGGCUGUGGCAUGGCGGUUGGCAUCUUUGCAUCGGCGCGGUCACAUACUUCUCCGUCCGUUGCCAGAAUCCGCAGCUCCGAAAAGCGGCGCAGAAGACGGACUGA